AUGGUUGCUGCUUUAUCAGCUUGGCCUUGGGGAAACCUUGGCAAUCUCAAGUAUCUUCUCUACGCUCCAUUAGCUGCACAAGUAGUGUACUCUUGGGCAUACGAAGAAGAUAGCUCGAGAGCUCUUUGGUGUCUUCAUAUUCUCAUCAUAUGUGGCCUCAAAGGAUUCCUUCAUGUCAACUGGAGCACUUACAACACCAUGCUUUUCGCGAAUCGAACUCUAAGGAUUAACCCUAAUGGUGUCGACUUUAAGCAGAUUGAUCACGAAUGGCACUGGGACAAUUACAUACUCCUGCAAGCAAUAAUAGCGAGCAUGAUCUGCUACAUGUCUCCACCAUUGAUGAUGAUGAACAGUGUUCCUCUGUGGAACACGAAAGGUCUCGUCGCAUUAAUUGUGCUACAUGUGACUUUCUCAGAGCCUUUAUACUACUUUCUUCAUCGAUCUUUCCAUCGUAGCAACUACUUCUUCACGCAUUACCAUUCCUUCCACCACGCAUCUCCUGUUCCACAUCCCAUGACUGCUUCCAAUGCAACGUUUUUGGAAAAUCUUAUCCUCUGCGUCAUAGCCGGAGUUCCUUUGAUUGGUUCUUGCUUGUUAGGUGUUGGAUCAAUAAGCUUGAUCUACGGAUACGCUCUAAUGUUUGACUUCAUGAGGUGUUUAGGACACUGCAACGUUGAGAUCUUCUCUCACAAGCUAUUCGAGACUCUUCCUGUCUUAAGAUAUCUCAUCUACACUCCAACGUACCAUAGUCUGCAUCAUGAAGAGAUGGGGACCAACUUUUGUCUAUUUAUGCCUCUCUUUGAUGUUUUGGGCAACACACUAAACCCAAACUCGUGGGAACUCCAAAAGAAGAUUCGUGUGGGUGCAGGGGAAGAACGGAAGAGAGUGCCGGAGUUCGUGUUCUUGGCUCAUGGGGUAGAUGUGAUGUCGGCGAUGCACGCACCGUUCGUGUUCAGAUCGUUUGCUUCAAUGCCAUACACGACGAGGAUCUUCUUGCUGCCCAUGUGGCCUUUCACGUUAAUGGUCACGUUGGGAAUGUGGGCUUGGUCAAAGAACUUUCUUUUCACCUUCUACAAGCUCAGGGGCAAUCUUUGCCAGACUUGGGCAGUUCCCAGGCUUGGAUUCCAAUACUUCUUACCGUUUGCUACACAAGGCAUUAAUAAUCAUAUAGAGAGUGCGAUUCUGAGGGCUGACAAGAUUGGUGUUAAAGUUAUAAGCUUGGCUGCACUGAACAAGAACGAAGCUUUAAAUGGCGGUGGGACACUGUUUGUCAACAAGCAUCCUGACCUUAGAGUUCGUGUGGUCCAUGGGAACACUUUAACAGCUGCAGUGAUUCUCCAUGAAAUACCAAAAGACGUGAAAGAGGUUUUCUUGACAGGAGCCACUUCUAAGCUAGGAAGAGCCAUCGCUCUCCAUCUCUGUCGUCGAGGAGUGAGAGUUCUUAUGUUGACAUUAUCGAUAGAAAGGUUCCAAAAGAUUCAGAAAGAAGCUCCUGUUGAGUUCCAAAACUACCUUGUACAAGUGACCAAGUACAACGCUGCACAGAACUGCAAGACUUGGAUCGUUGGGAAAUGGUUAACGCCGAGGGAGCAGAGCUGGGCUCCUGCAGGGACGCAUUUCCAUCAGUUUGUGGUGCCACCGAUCCUCAGCUUUAGACGUAACUGCACUUAUGGUGAUCUUGCAGCUAUGAGGCUUCCUAAAGAUGUUCAAGGCCUUGGAACCUGCGAGUACACGAUGGAGAGAGGGGUGGUGCAUGCUUGCCACGCGGGAGGAGUGGUUCACAUGCUUGAAGGCUGGAAGCAUCAUGAGGUUGGAGCCAUUGACGUUGACCGUAUCGAUCUGGUGUGGGAAGCAGCCAUGAGACACGGCCUUAGCCCUGUUUCUUCACUCACAAACUGA